UUAAAUAUAACGAUGAGCGAACAGGCACUUCAUAAUAUUCAUAACAUUAAUAAAAGCACGUUUGAAAGAUCGUCUCGUAUGUUACCGAGCUGCUGUAUUGUUUCAAAAACUGAGAAACGUUUAGGGCCUGUGAUGCAUGACCAGACCAGGAUGAUGAAAACAAUCCACGGCACGAAAGGGGAAGCAGUGUGGGACAAGGUGGAUGGAGUAUUUGUGAGAGUAUGAUGCAAAAAAUGGCAGAUGAGGAAAAUGAAAUGAAGCGAGGAACUAAUUCCACCAAAUCAGAGGCAGAAGAGAUGGAAGAGGAGAAAAGAGCAGUAAAAGAAGACAUUUUUAGGCUAAAACCAGAGGAUCAGGAAGCUCCUCCCACAAACAGAAAUUCUAAAACUUGCACCCAGUCUCCAAAUCCUUCCACUUCCUUUCCUCUAUUUUCACACCAAAAGGUCCCUCCAUCCUCUCCUGAGAUGCCUUUUCCAAAAGACUUGAAACUUGAACACGAAGAAGUGAAGGUCUAUUUGGGUCUUUUAGCAGCUGAUAAAAGUAAUUUUGUGAACCCAGCAGAGCCAGAACCACACAGAAACAUGAUCAGUGAAGCCGAAAGGGGGGAAUUCAUUUUCACGGUGCAGGAAGAAAAUCCAAAUGAACCAGAAGUUACCAUCACAAACCUAAGAGCUAAAGAGACAAAGGCCACACAAACACCACACCAAAAUGAACAAGGAGGUAAAUUUGUCAGUUCUUCCUGGAAGCUAAAACCAAACAACACAAGAGAGAAAACCAAAGCGAUUGGAGUUGAUUCCACUCAUCCAGGGAAGCCCAGCAGAGCUUCUUCUGCCCUAACACAAAUUAACAAACCAUCCACCAUUCCAUCCACAACACCUUCUUCCAGAACCAUGCAAAUCGACGAGGAACACACAAAAAAAACAACCAAGAAGGAAAAGAAAAGGAGGAAGGAAGACAAAACACAAAAGACACCAGGAAGGAGAAACAAAAGCAGCACCCCAACACACUUCCCUGACUUUAUGGAGAACUACUGUCCACUUGAGUGUGUCUGUUAUGGGAGAGUGGUGCAGUGUUCAGACAAAAAUGUGGAUAAAAUUCCAUACGGGAUUCCCUACAAUGCCAUCUACAUUCUCCUGAUGAAUAACCAGAUCAACAGCAUCCAGCUGGACCUGCUCAAUCAAUACGACUCUCUUGAUUUUCUUGUACUGAGCAACAAUCGCCUCACAGACGGGGCUGUAAAAGGAGCAUUCAAGAGAGUCCAAAGUUUAAAGCGGUUGUACUUGGAUAGGAAUCUUCUGGAGAGUGUGCCAGUUGACCUUCCAGCUUCUCUUGAGGAGCUCUGGCUGGACAGCAACCACCUCAGGGUGAUGUUGAAGGCAGCUUGGACAGGGUGUCCCAGUUUGUCAGUUCUAAGCCUGAGCAACAACAGUUUGGGAAGUGGAUCCCAAUCUAUUCCCAAAGGAGUUUUUUCCCCCCUGUCCAACCUGCGCACUCUGAACAUGGACAACAACCAGUUAGCAUCAGUCCCAAUGGACUUACCUCUGUCAGUCAAGGAGCUGUAUCUGAAAGGAAACCUCCUCAAACAGUUCCCCGGAGGAAUUUUCAGAGGAAUUUCCCGAUUGAUGGUGUUGGACUUGAGUGCAAACAGACUGACAAACAGAGGCCUUCUAAAAGACUCUUUACUGAACACUACACACUUGGAGAGCCUAAACUUAGAGAGAAACAGGCUCAAACAAGUGCCGCGCCACCUUCCUGCUUCCCUGAAAACUCUAAACCUGAACGAAAACCUCAUUUCCUCCAUAAAGAAAGCAGCUUUUAGUGACUUGAAAAGCAUGGAGCACCUCAGUUUGGCAAAAAACAAGAUCGCCAAAGUAGCAGCAGGUGCUUUCAGGACUCUGUCCGCUCUGCACCAGUUAGACCUGAGCUACAACAUCUUGCACCAGGUGCCCAGACACCUGCCUCAAGCUUUACACUCGGUUGCUCUCAGCCACAACAGGAUCCAGUCAGUGCCUCAUGAUGCCUUUUGCUGGGGUAACAAGACCCUCAGUGGGCUUGUGCGAGUGCAGCUGGAACACAACUUCAUUGACUUUGGAGAGAUGGAUGCGAGGGCUUUUAGCUGCUUACGAGGAUCACAGGUGGUGCAUUUCUACUGAUCCACAGUAGCUUCACAGAAAUUAGAUUAACUACUGUGGCUUCAUGAGCCGUCUGGUUUAACUUGUCUGUGACUUGUCUGUGACUUGUCUGUGACUUGUCUGUGACUUGUCUGUGACUUGUCUGUGACUUGUCUGUGACUGCGAAAGGAGACCGUAUGUGUGAAGUUUCACUUCCUACUAUAGACAUGAUGCUAUCUCUGCUAUUUCCCCUUUUCAGAAGAAAAAGUUGGCAGCUUUGUUACAAGAAGGUCAAAAAAAUGUUUUUGGUUUCAGCUUAAUGUUUCAAUUCCCCAUUUUCGAAGAUUCACAUUUGAGUUGAUUGAAAAUUGUUUUGAUUAAACAAAUGAUAAGGUAUUGUGUCAUAAAAAAUAAAUGAUUUGCUAAAAAUGCGUUAUGAUGAAAAAUAUAUUAGAGAUGAAAUAUCUAUUUCAUACAACAGAAGGUCUUGCACAUUUAGGGUAUUUUUGUUUGUGUUUCUUUUCUUCGAUUAAAUCACUUUAAAGAUGCA